UGCCACGCCCCGUUAAAACAUCCUAGAGUGUGUGCUUCAAGGAAUAUCAACAAUAACGGUAUGGGACACGGCGAACACGGCUAGUUUUGGAACGUUAUCAUGAGAGAGUGACCUACUCGUUGUGUCAUGCCGCUUGGCUGGGUGUUCUGUGUGUGCUGUGUGUGAUCGAAGUGUCAAGGAAUGUUAUUGAGGCGCCCACCCCCACAAGGAACGCUGGUUGAAUGCAUAAUGUUCUGCUUGGGCACCCGGGGCUGGUCUAGCCUCCAGCUGGUUGGUGAUAAUAUCCUUGGCGGUUGGUGAGAUAUGCGGAACUCUUAUCGUAAUAAUACUGCGUGUUGCGCCAAUCUACUUAACUGCCUAAUUAGACUUAACUGCUAGCCGCGUGAUUCCGUGGUGUUCCGAGUUGUGAGGGACUUGGUGGGAUGUAUUCUGAAAAGAAGCCUGGUGCGCAUGUGACUAAUAAGUGAUCUCGUGACGUCAUGGGAAGCGGCGCCACAAAAACUCUCACCACCUCGCCGGACGAGCGCGGUAUGGUGCAUCGCGUCAUCAUUGAAGAUAACGUCGUUUCGCGUGGCAAACGGAAGUUCACGUGCCCAGGUCGUCUGGUCGGGAGCUGGAGGGCGGGAGAUGAAGUCGUAGUGAAAGUGCUGGAAAAAUCCGUACCAGACGAACACUAUUGGGAUGAGGAGAUCGAGAAGUGCGGACGGCUCAGAGAACACAUCAUUUCCUUUGGCAAGACCGUAAACCUACAGAUAAAAAUUCACGUCGAAUACCCAAUGACUGCCUACGUGGACAAAGUAUCCAAAUGGAUGAAGGCGAAGAUGAAACUAAAAGAAGGUGAAUUUGUGCUUGUUGAGGAACCGCUUGGGAAGGACUAUGCCGAACUGUUGAACUCCUGUGGUAAAGUAGAACCUAAACUGCCCCAAGCUGUUGCCGACCUUUUGGGCGAGCUGAUGCACUUCACCUAUCACGAGUCUUGCCGGAAGGAGAUAUUUUGUGGAUUUCAAGGAACAGUUUCAGGGAAUGUUGUGUCCCUUUCCGAACCGACUGUCCACUCAGUGGACACCAAAUACAGGGAAGCGGACAUGGGUUUGGAAGGCAUCAUAACAGCAUUCGAAAGUCACAGGUGCACGGCAAGGUGUCACGGCUGGCUUAAGCCUGGCGGUGUCAAUCACACCAAAUUCGAGUCCAUAUGUACUACGGUGUAGGGCUGUUUUCUUUGCCUAUUGUGUCGUUUGACAGGGAACCUGGGUACUCACAGAUCAUUCAGUGUGCAGCUGUAAUCAUGGCGUCAUGUCGGAAGUGACGUCAGCCAAGGUCAAGGCCAUCUGCUUUACGGCAGGUGGCUUCUCUGUGUAUAUAUAUGUCAAUGGUGUUAUAAGCUGUUGCGUUACUUCAGACUGUUGAAUUAUGGAUUUUUCGAACAUUUUGUGAGCAAUGUUCAGCAAUCGAAGUUGACAUUGUUAGUAUUGUCAUUGUCACUUUAUUGUUAAGGUGAAAGAUUCACGUUAUUUUACCACAAAUGGCGUACAGUUUCCGCUGUGUAAGCGGUGUUAUGAAUAGAACCAGAGCUCCAGAUAAGCUUUUG